AUGCCACGGCGGCUAAGCUCCUGCCCCCUUGCCUUCACCCCGUAUGCCAGCUGGCCCUCUUUGCCCCCCUGGAACCUUCACAGGGGUGUCAUCUUAGGGACGAUCCUGGCACUUGCUCCAGUCUGUUGCCCAGCCCUUACGCUCGGUCUGGUGGGACCUUGGUCCCGCGACCCCUCCUUCUCCAACGCCCUGCCUGAAGUUGCUGCUCAACUAGCCGCGGAGAGGAUCAAGAAGGAUCCUUCCCUCUCUGCGAUCCACCAACUGGAUCACCUCUUGUUUGAGGAAGACGGCCAGGCCUGGAAAGCAAUGGCGAGAUUUGCUGACUCCUCCAAGAAUCUGUCCGCGUUCAUAGGACCGCUGAAUCCUCGCCACUGCGAGGCUGCCUCUUGGCUAGCCCGAGGCUGGAACAAAGCCAUGUUAUCUUGGGUCUGCCUGGAGGACCACCUGGACUAUCCGAUGGACCAACCGGCCUUGAUCAGAACGUUGCCUUCCGCGGCUACGGUCCUCCUCGCCGUGUUGAAAUAUUUCAGCUGGGCUCACGUUGGCAUCGUCUCUUCUGAGGGGGACCUUUGGGUGGACACAGCCCACAAGUUGGCGAGUGUCCUCAGAAGCCACGGGCUACCCGUGGCUCUUGUGACGUCCACCGGGACGGAAACGGAAAAAGUAGAAGAGGCCUGGCGCAAGAUUCAAGCUGCUGGGAAUAUCAAAGUCCUUCUGCUCUGCAUGGCGUCUGCUCUCGCUGGGGGGGAAGACCAGGCGACCUUCCUAAGCAAAGCCCAGGAACUGGGGCUGGCCGACGGCAGGUACCUCUUUCUGCCCUACGACACGCUCUUCUACAGCCUGCCCUACGGAAACCAUUCCUAUUUCCUUCUGGAAAAUGACGAUGGCUUCCGGAAGGCUUACGACGCCGUGCUGACGAUCACGUUGCAGUCUGGAGAAUUGACUUUCUACGACGCUUUUCGGGCAGCCAAAGAAAAGGGAGAAAUCAAGGUGGAUUUUGAACCUGAACAGGUCUCUCCCCUUUUUGGGACAAUCUACGACGCCAUUUACCUGGUCACCAAAGCCCUAGCCAAGGUAGCCCAGCCCCAAACGUCUGAACUCUCCGGAACGACCUUGAUUCAACAUGUCCGAAAUUUGGACUUUGCCGGCUUCAGCCGCAGGAUCCAAGUCGACAGCCAAGGGCGGCCGCUGGCCAAAUACGUCAUUCUGGACACGGAUGGCAAAGAAAGUCACCUGUACCCAACUUACCUGCUGGCAGCGUCUUCGGGCAGGAUGCAGCCUCUGGGGAGGGCGAUCCAUUUCCCUGGAGGGAGACCGCCCCCCGCUGAUUCGGCCUGCUGGUUUGAACCCCAGGUCCUCUGCGAGAGAAAUGACGUGUGUGAAAACAGCCACCCCAACCGCCGACUUGUGAAAGGAUCUCAGAGGCUGUUUCUGACUUUAGACGAUGUAACUUUUGUAAACACCAAAAUCAGUCGAAUGAGGUUAACUCUUGACAACCUCAGCGAGUCAAAGAGCUGCUCUGAAGAACACAGCCUCAGGUCCGUGACCCACUCGUUGUCGGUGAAAAGCACAACUCUAACCUACGAAACCUCCAAUGUGGCUGUGUACGAG